UAUGAUGUGAAAAAACAUCUCCAAGUGCCAAAGUCGUUUCUUCAAAGCACUGGUUUACGUUUAAACCACGCGCGAAGUUAUACCGCAAAGCUGCCCGACUCUCACUUCGAGACCACGAAGCCAUUGCAAGCACUUCAAACUCCUACUAUCACUGAAGAACUGAAUCCGCAGAGGCGGCACAGCGGCUACUGUGCAACGACCGGCUACGCGCCGCGGCAGAGGACGCUCGAGAGGUUUCUACGGUCGACUGCUCUCGGUCGGGCGCUGAGAACUGUUGGGGCGCGGCGCCCAAUCACAUUGCAUCCCUUCACUGCCCGCGAUGCCGCUACCGAAAUCCCUCAUCUGGGGAUUCUGGGUCGCUUCAGCUUUAUUUCCCGGCGGGCUGCGCGGCGCGGCGCGGCGCUGCGGCCUCGAGGCGAGGGAGGCGUUCCUGGUUGCGGGAGGCAACUGCGAAUUGUGCACUCGCACAAAGAGAGGACCUGCGGCCAGGCUCGAACCCACGGAAAACCUCCGUUCAAAGGCCUCUAUCAAAGCUACGCGCGCACUAGAUCGGUACGGUACGGCCGGUCGGGCAGGACCGGACGGACG